UCCUGCAUGAAUGUUACGUGUCAGUUCUCAUUACCACUUCACCCCCACCUUCUUCUUCUUAAACACCCAAUCUCAGUGUCUCUCACUGUCCACACCACCAGAAGCAUUUUAUUUUGGUAAUAGAACCCAAAAAGCGAAGAGAAAGAUAGAAAGAGAGAGAGAGAACAUAAUGGCUACGAUCAAAUGCAGAGACAUUCUGUCACUGUUUCUGUUUGUGAUCUUCUUCUUCUCACUUCCCAUGGCAAUGGGAUAUUAUGAUGAAGAAGGAGAAGGAGAAGGAGAAGGAGAAGGAAGAGAAUGGGACAGGGGAGGUCAGGGAAGGAGAGAAGAGAGAGGGGACAGAAGGGAUAUGUUCUUGUUGCAUCGCUCGCAACGGAUUGUUAGUACAGAAGCAGGGGAGAUGACAGUUGUGAGAGGCUUAACAAUGAAGGGCAUGGAAAACCCAAUUCAUAUUGGCUUCAUCAACAUGGAACCAAAAACCCUUUUCAUCCCUCAGUACAUCGAUUCCAACUUGGUCCUCUUUGUUCGCAGGGGGGAAGUGAAGAUCGGGUGGAUCCACAAAGAUAGUUUGGUGGAUAAGCAAUUGAAUACAGGGGAUCUGUAUACAAUCCCAGCUGGUUCAUCAUUCUACAUGUUGAACACAGGCGAAGGCCAGAGACUCCAGAUUAUUUGCAGCAUCGAUACAUCCGAGAGCAUUGGACGAGGACCCUUCCAGUCGUUCUUCAUCGGUGGAGGAAGAGAUCCCCAACCCGUGCUCGCCGGGUUUGACCCCAAAAUCCUCUGUGCUGCAAUGAACAUCACUGAGAGCGAAUUGGACGAUUUCUUGACGAGACAGACCCAAGGACCUAUACUUUAUGUACCGGAUGCGCAAACGCCAGGCAAUUGGGCCUCCUUCAUGCAAUUGAAGCAACGGGAGAGGUUAGAAGCUAUGGAAAUAGAUGAAGACGACGAAAAGGUUACACAAGAAAAACGAGAAGAAGAACAGGGAACAUGGUCAUGGAGGAAGCUCUUGGGAUCUGUGAUAGGAAAGCAGCAGAACAAGGAAAAGGAAGGGAAAAGCACUGUAGGAUCACACCACCCUUACAACAUCUACGACAAGAGCCCUGAUUUCCAGAAUAGCUAUGGAUGGAGUCUCGCAGUGGACAAGCACGAUUACCAUCCUCUCAAACACUUCAACAUCGGCGUUUAUCUCGUCAAUCUCACUGCGGGAUCGAUGAUGGCGCCACAUGUGAACCCAACAGCGACAGAGUACGGGAUCGUGUUGAGUGGAGAAGGGUCUAUACAGGUGGUGUUCCCGAACGGAAGCUCGGCCAUGAACGCGAAGGUGCGUGAAGGGGACAUAUUCGUGGCACCCAGGUACUUUCCCUUCUGCCAAAUAGCUUCUCGUGAAGGGCCAAUGGAGUUCUUCGGGUUCACCACUUCAGCCAAGAGGAACCAUCCCCAGUUCCUGGUAGGUGCGAAUUCAAUUCUCCAGACAAUGAGGGGUCCUGAGCUGGCCACUGCAUUCGGUUUGAGCGAAAAGAGAUUCAACAAAUUGGUGGAUUCACAGCAUGAAUCCGUUAUUAUCCCAACCGUACCAGCGAUGCAACCGGAGGAGGAGGAACAGCAGCCGAAGGAAGAGGAGCAGCAGAAGCAGCAGGAAGAAGAGGAGGAGGUGCAGCAGGAGGAGGAGGAGAAGAAGGGUUAUCAUGAUGUAGUGAAAGGGCGACUAGGUUCGUUCAUGAGGAGCAUUGAGAACGAAAUGGUAAUGGGGUUUUAUUAGAUUAGGAGUUGGUGAAGACACUGUAAGCAAGAAAACUGUGUCUUCAUUCCAUCGUCUUCUACUCCGCCAUUGUAAAGGAAGGAGAGAGGGAGAGAGAUCCUCAGUGUUUUUUUCUUUUCUUCUUUUCUUUUUGGGUUUUUCCUUCCAAGUACUCUUUGUAGGUCUGUGUCUUCUUCCAGCCCGAUUCUCUGAGUCGUGAUUUUGACGAAUUUUGUUUUGGCUUCUGCUUUUGAAGA